AUGAAAGCGCUCAUCCUCGUCGGUGGCUUUGGUACGCGGCUACGACCACUUACACUGUCGUGUCCUAAGCCCUUAGUCGAAUUCUGUAACAAAUCAAUUGUUUUACACCAGAUUGAAGCGCUCGUAGCGGUUGGAGUCACGGAGGUAAUUUUAGCUGUAAAUUAUCAACCUCAAGUAAUGUUGGCGGCAUUGGAGUCGAUAGAAAAAAAGUAUCAAACCAAGAUCUCAUGUUCUCAUGAGACGGAACCAUUGGGUACUGCUGGUCCAUUAGCUUUAGCACGAGAACUACUGGAUGAUGGCGAUCCAUUUUUUGUGUUUAACAGUGACGUUAUUUGCGAGUACCGACUUCAGGAGUUGCUAGACUUUCACAAAGCACAUGGGGCAGAGGGGACUCUUUUGGUUACCCGAGUGGAUGAACCAUCCAAGUACGGCGUAGUAAUUUCCAACACCGAUGGACAGAUUCAGCGCUUUGUCGAGAAGCCGCGCGAGUACGUAGGCAACAAGAUUAAUGCAGGCAUUUACAUUUUCAAUCGUGAAGUGCUAGAUCGUAUUCAGCUACGUCCGACAUCUAUUGAAAAGGAGAUUUUUCCACAGAUGGCAGCAGAAGGAAAUCUGUUUUCAAUGGUGCUACCUGGUUACUGGAUGGACAUUGGCCAGCCAAAGGAUUUUUUGUCGGGUAUGUGUCUGCAUUUGGACUUUUUGGGGCGCAAAAAAGGGGAUCUGCUGUCGACGGGCUCCAACUUCAUUGGCAACGUAAUGGUCGAUCCUACUGCGGUAGUCGGUAAUGGAUGUUUGAUUGGCCCCAACGUCGUCAUCGGCCCUGAAUGUGUUAUUGAAGAUGGUGUUCGGCUCAGCCGGACGACGCUUCUUCGUGGGGUAACGGUACGCGCGAACUCGUGGAUUCAUUCAAGCAUUAUUGGAUGGGGUUCAACGAUUGGCCGAUGGUGUCGGAUUGAAGGAAAUACCGUCGUCGGAGAGGAUGUGCAGGUGAAGGACGAGAAGUUUAUUAACGGCGGUCUUGUCCUGCCGCAUAAAGCCAUCUCAGCUAGUAUUCCUGAUCCAGGUACCAUAGUCAUGUAA